AUGCCAAAGUUUUUAAAUAUUAAACCGACACCAGGUGCAGUAAAAUUGAUCACAUAUUUAAAAGCUAAUCGGGUUCCUUUAGUCAUUGUGACAAGUUCUAGCAGAAAGAAUUUUGACGUAAAGGCUCGCAAAAAUAAAGAUUUAUUGAACAUGUUCGAUCAUAUUAUUUGCAGCGAUGAUGUUAAUAAUGGCAAGCCUGAACUCAACAUAUUUAUAAAGGCUUGUGAAAUAUUAGAGAACCCUCCUCCCGAAGAAUGCUUGAUUUUCAAGGAUUUGAUAAACGGUGUUAUCGCUACCCAAAAAGCGAACAUGAGAGUGAUUUGGGUUCCCAAUAAAUUUAUUACGAAAGUUGAUGAUGUUGUUAUGUCACUUUUGGAUUUUAAGCCAGAAAAAUUCAAAUUACUACCUUUUGACAUGAAUCUGUAA